UUUCUCUGUGUCAGCCCUCCCAAUGGAGGGCAGCUGUCUUUUCCCCUCUCGUCCUGUCACUCGAGUGCCUUGUAGCGCUGGGACAGCAAACUUUUAUAUGUUAAGACCCGGGAAGGGGAAACUCUUUAUCCCCUCCAUGGAUCUCUAAAGAGCCAUGUUGGGCAGGUUAGGGGAGACCUGAGUCUGUGGGAACUGCCUGCUACGUUCAGAAGGAUUUAAUCUGCAAGGAGUGUCUACCUGCAUUCUUGAAGUAUGACAGAAAAAGAGAUUCUUGAGCCACCUGCGUCCCCCACGUCUGAAGGGGGCAAGUCAUCGGAAGGGCUGCAGCGGCUAAAGCAGCUUUUCCAACGCAAGCCCAAGGAGGAGCCCGUCCCCGAAGAACCACAGGCCAACGGGGAGCUGGUCAGCCCCUCAGGGGGACCCAUCUACUACAUCUAUGAAGAGGAGGAGGAGGAGGAGGAGGAAGAGCCCGAACCGCCUCCGGAGCCGGCAAAACCAGUCAACGACAAACCUCACAAGUUCAAGGAUCACUACUUCAAAAAGCCCAAGUUUUGCGAUGUCUGUGCCCGCAUGAUUGUCCUCAACAACAAAUACGGCCUGAGAUGCAAGAACUGUAAAACCCACAUCCAUCACCACUGUCAAAGCUACGUGGAAUUUCAGCGCUGCUUUGGCAAGAUUCCCCCAGGCUUCCGGCGUGCUUAUAGCUCUCCAUUGUACAGCGCCCAACAACUUUCUGGUGCUAGCCGAAGUGACCCUGUGUUUGACACGCUGCGGACGGGUGUCGUCAUGGCAAACAAAGAGCGCAAGAAAGGGCAAGAUGACAAAAAGAAUCCAUUGGCUGCUAUGAUGGAGGAGGAAACAGAGGCCCCAAAGCAAGAGAGUGGCAAACCUGAGGAAGGAAAUCCAGAAGGGCAGAAGGCGGAGAAGAAUGCACCUGAUGACAAGAGUAAGAAGCAGCAGACUGGGUUCCCCCAGUCUCAUUACUUUAUUGCACUUUAUCGCUUCAAGGCCUUGGAGAAGGAUGACCUGGAUUUCCACCCUGGGGACAAAGUUGCCAUCGUUGAUGACUCCAAUGAAGAAUGGUGGCGGGGCAAGAAAAUUGGGGAGGUCGGGGACAAAAUCGGAUACUUUCCACCAAACUUCAUUAUCCGGGUGCGUGCAGGAGAACGAGUACACAAGGUGAUGCGGUCCUUCGUGGGCAAUAAAGAGAUUGGACAGAUCACGCUAAAAAAGGAUCAGAUUGUGGUGCAGAAAGGUGAGGAGCUGAACGGGUACGUGAAAGUCUACACUGGCCGCAAAGUGGGGCUCUUUCCCGUCGACUUCCUGCAAGAGAUCUGAGGCCCAGCCCUGGCAUUUGUGAUGGUUUUGUAGCCAGGGCUGGAGAAGGCCAGUUGUAUCCUUGGAGAGAGAUUCUCAGCUACCAAGGACUCUGUGCAAUGGCGCUGAGUUCUGUGAGUGACUGUGGCCCAGAGUGAAGCUAUCCCACCAAGACCUGUUUUCUCUGAGCUAGGAUUCAAGUCGAGUACACAAUUCUGCCACCUUCAGGGCCUCGAUGCUCCCCUUGAACUCAGCGGCUUGGUGGCAGACUACAGAAUGAUGAUAUAGCCACGGAAGUGUUGGGAUGCAGCUGAAGCUGCUCUGCUUCCUGUCUGCAAAGGAAGUGGAUGGAGAUCGUUCAUGUUGACUGCCGGACUUGACAAAUGGCAUUUGCUGCUGCCUCCUUCAGGUGGCGCCAAGCUUGUGUGCAUGUGUGUUGACUCAGAGACAAAAUGGCUGCCCCUUUGCUGGCGGGGGUUGGGCCUGGCUCCCCUUGUUACUUGGAUUGCUAAAUUUUGUUAUGUUUUACCUGCGUAUGUUAUCUCUCUCCCUCUCUCUCUACCCCCAACAGUCUACCUACCUUGACAUAAAUUGGCAAGAUUUGGGAUCAGUGUCCAAUGAAAAGGCCUGAUAGCUUGGGAGGAUAUAUAGGGCUGUUCAGCUCUGGUUAUGUUGACGUGAUAUACCUCUUUCGUUAUCAUCUUCCUCCAUUUUCCUGCUGUUGUGAAAUGGAUGCUUUUCAGGGCGUCCCCUUUCAGUGACCCUCUGGCCUCAGUGAUGAGGGAGUUCUGAUGUACUACAUGACUGUAUUUUUUGCAGCGUGUAUCUACAUGUAUAUCUCUAUACACA